AAUAAAAACUAUGUCGUCAGUGGCCACUAGUGAGGAUUUUUAAUGAAUUAACGUUUGUUUUUCAGCAAGAAAAUCCAACUGAACUCUACUAGUUAGUUAGCUGUAUUGGAGAAAGGGUAAGAGAGACCUUUGACUUAACUGUUUCUCUACUGUCCUAGAAGAAAUAACCAGAUUACUCAUGGAAACCGAGGAAAGUUUUGACAAUGUCUAACAAAUUUAAAAAGGCAAAACAAGGAGGAAAAUUGCCCCUGAAAUCUACUGGAAUCCAGAGCAAGACAUCUUAUGAUCUCAGGAGGCUUCUGUCUCUGCUUGCCAAAAACAGACACAGACAAGAGGUGGCAGGAUUGAGUCACAGUAAGACAUGUGACAAAGGAGCAAACAAAUCACAAGGCCUGCACCCAAAAGACGCCAAUGCUCACAGGAGUGACAGCGACACCAUCAAUGAAGCCUCAGAGCUGGAAAAAUUCAGCAUAGUAUACCGAGACCAGAGAUGUUUCAGUAGCCAUCCACUGCAGAAGCUCUUCGCGGACAUCCUCAUUUCUCUGGUCAAGAACCGGCUUUGCAGUGAAUGGAUUGACAAUUCACCGCCUGAGUCAGUGCUCAGAGUUCUCAUCUGUCUACGCAUACUGGUCAGAGAUCCUGAGCUUCAGAAACUUCUCCAUCAGCACCAUGGCAUCACUUUACUUUCAAGGCAUAUGGAGAGUGUGAGCGCCUUGUACAUAUCCUGUGGUGAGCAGGCGUUCGCUGUGCAGAGGCUGGUCACGAUGACUUACAUUUUUCAGAAGCUGUCUGCUUUUGAAGAUCAAAGGCUUGAAGUCAUUGAGAGCGGUGCCCACAGGACACUGGUGAAGCUCCUCUCCACUACAGAUAGCAGUGUGUUACUGGGAGCUCUGCUAGCACUCACCACCUUGGCUGAACACCCAGGAUGCAAAGAGAAAAUUGGAGAAUUGCAGAUAGCUGAGAAAUUGGUUGUAAUACUGCAAGAAUAUGAUCUACUGUCAAAAAGGAUGAGUGCGGAGCUGCUGAGGCUCCUGUCCCCGGUGCGUCAUGUCAGGGACCAGCUGAAGGAGCUGGAGGGCCUCCCGGUGCUGCUGAGCCUCCUGCAUGGUCAGCACCUCAAACUACUAUGGAGUUUGGCCUGGGUCCUGGUCCAGCUCUGUGAAGAUCCUGACACCAGGAUGGAGAUUCGGAGCUGGGGUGGGGUGCAGCAGCUGCUCCGACUUCUUGACAGUGACCAACAGUAUGUUUCUGACCGUUCAUCUAUUGAGACGCUUUCCAGCGCCAACGCAGCCGGUCGCAUCCACAGAGAACACAUUAGAGAAGAGCUGAGUCCACAGGAGGAGGUGGCCAACACCGCUGCCCUGCAGUCAGCCUGCUGUACAGCUCUGACUGAGCUCAGUCUGGAUGACACAUCUGCUCACCACAUUGUGCAGGAAAAUGGGAUUUUUACGAUUGCAAAGUUGAUUUUACCACAAAGUUCUGGACCAAAGACUUCUUUACAGUGCUAUGCAUUUCGGACCCUGCGAUUUCUCUUCAGUGUGGAAAGGAACAGACAUCAUUUUAAAAGACUUUUUCCCACAGACCUUUUUGAGCUGUUUAUUGAUGUUGGCCAUUAUGUUCGGGACCUUGCAGCCUAUGAGGAACUGCAAAGAAAAGUUUCACUCUACACUGAAGAAGAACUGGACAGCCUGAGAGAGAGUAUCGAGGCUGUGGACCAGAACCGACCUCCUAUCAGAGUCAUUAACGGUUACUCCAUAUUGGACCAUUUGGGUACAGGAGCCUUUGGAAGCGUCUUCAAGGUCCAGAAGCAAAGCAGCCAGAACCUCCUGGCUUUGAAGGAGGUGAACCUUCACAACCCGGCCUUUGGAAAAGACAAGAGGUCUAGAGACAGUAAUGUGGACAAGAUCAUCUCUGAGCUCACGAUCAUCAAAAAACAGAUGACACACCCAAAUAUUGUUAAAUAUUACAAGACAUUUUUGGAAGGUGAUAAGCUGUACAUUGUGAUGGAGCUGAUCGAGGGAGUCCCACUGGCUGAACAUUUUAACUCUCUGAAGGAGAAGCAGCAGCACUUUACUGAGGAAAGAAUUUGGAAUGUAUUCAUACAGAUGUGUUUAUCUUUGAGGUAUUUGCACAAAGAGAAGAGAAUAGUCCACCGUGACCUCACACCAAACAACAUCAUGUUGGGAGAGAAGGACAAAGUCACCAUCACUGACUUUGGCUUGGCAAAGCAGAAGCAGGAGAGCAGCAAGUUAACAUCAGUGGUUGGCACCAUUCUUUACUCCUGUCCAGAGGUGGUGAAGAAUGAACCGUACGGUGAGAAGGCCGACAUCUGGGCUUUGGGCUGUAUCCUCUAUCAGAUGGCCACUUUACAGCCUCCCUUCUACAGCACUAACAUGCUGUCGCUGGCCAGUAAGAUUGUGGAGGCUCAAUAUGAACCAGUUGAAGAAGGGCGUUAUUCAGAGAGAGUCACAGACAUGAUCAGAUGGUGUUUAAGUCCAGAUGCAGAACAGAGGCCGGACAUUGUGGCCGUCAGCUCCAGGAUCACUGACCUCAUGAUGAGGCUGAUCGAUGGCCUCCACACUUCCCAGAAUUCCCUGGAACGAAGGGUGGAGAGAGACAGGAAACGAGCACAGAAGUAUUUCCUGGAAAGGGACCAAACCAGGAUGAACUGCUGUAACUCCAACCUACCACAGGAAAAAGCCCUAAUGAAGAUAGAAUCCCUGACUUCACGCUGCUCUCCAUCCUGCAGUUCAGACCUUUAUGAUGCUUCAGAUGAUGAUAUGGGACUAUCUGAAACAAAAACUGACAGCACUGCCUCCACAGGACAAGAUGACGGAUUUAAAUUCUGUAUCACACCUGACCAAAUACUAACUAGUGGGGAACACAGUCCUGCAAAGAUGAAAGCAAGACCGGUGUCAGCAGGGAUCUGUGUCUCUCAGAGGAAGCUUCGGCAAAUUGAUGAUCCCAUCAACAGGCUCCUUGUUCAGCUGCACAAAAUUAUAUACAUCACACAGCUUGCACCAGCUCCACAUCACAGCAUCAAACGGCGGGUGGUUGAAAGGUUUAAGAAGUCUCUGUUUCACUCGGGGAGUGAUCCGUACAACCUGAAAGUGGAGCUUAGCAAGCUCCUCCAGUCUUCUCCAGAAUUAGUGGAAUCUGGAUCAGUUGGUUCCGACUGGUGGCCUCUGGUCCAGCACUUCACCGGAGAUACACAAACUCCCCACAACACAGGAGACGGGGUCACUUACGAGCAAAUGCAGGGCAUCAUUGAAGAGCUGCUUGAAGAAAACAGCUACUAUGAAUCUCCUCACAACAGGAGCACAGGGAGAAGAAAUGACCAAGAUAAGAGGUGAAGAAGACAUAGAAGAAGAAACAUCUGGAGACGCAACGACUUAUUCAAUCAGUCUGAGGCCCUUUUGUGUUCACAUUGAGAAUGCUUCAUCUAAAAUAACUCUUAGUCACAUUAGUAAAGUUGCAGACAUAUGCAAACAUAAUGCAAAGAUGAGGUAAACACAUAUAUUUGCAUUAAAAUUAGAGCUUCAGUUAAUCUGUCACCAAAGACAAACUCAGCUCUUUUCUUGA